AUGCCACCGCUGCCGGCCCCCAUUCUGCUCAGCCGCGACGAUCACUACGUGACCCGCAGGUUGCUGUUCAGUUUCCCGCUGAUCCUCCUCUUCGUGAUUGUGUGGGGCGUGCCAAUCUCCCUUGUGAAGCUGGUCGUGGUAAUUAUCGUGAUGAAGCUAGUGAUCUUCCUGGGCAUUGUAGCGGUCUUCGGCUUGGCGCUGGCGCUCGUUCCCUCAUCCAGCGCACGUUUGACCAGCAGGUGGACAGGCUGGAGGGGCUUCUUGGUGGAGCCGUUCGUUCUGCCAUUCCUUGGAAUGAUGGAUGCGGGCGUGCUGCAUUUCUGGGUGAAGGCGUUCAAGCUGAUCUUCUUGGAGAUCAUGUUCGUGUGGAUCAUGUGUCAGCUGUUCAUGCCGUUAUUCGUGGAGAAGCUGGUCGGGGCGUUCUUCCUGAUGGUGCUGGUCGUGCUGAUAGCGCUGCUCCUGGCAGCUCACCUUCACCUUAUCCACAGUACGUUGGACAGGCAGCCAGGCAUGUCCUCAUCUUCGACGGACUCGAUGAUUGAGCUGCUCGUGGCGGUCUCCAUGAUCCUUGUCGAGUCGCUGGGCCUGGUGUCUAAGACGAGUCACAAUGCCAUCGCGGAGAUCAAGCAUGGCGCUCGCAACCUGAUCAUGGGCAGGCCCGAUCCAAGCAUGCCGGCACAUCGUAGGGUGCUCGGGAAGGCCUCCGCGCUGGCCUUGGCCGCAGGCGCUUGCCGCCUCGCCUGCCGCGGGGGAGCCGGCUCCGCCGCGUUCGCCCCCGCCGCGGCCGCGCCAGCGGCCCCGGCGCGGGCUGCCUCGGGCCGCACAGACGCGGAGCGCGACGCGGACGCGAGGGUGCUCGCCGAGGCGCUCCGCGGUGCGAGGGUGGCCGCGGCCUCCGACCUCGAGCCGCGGCGCCAGUCGGGGGGCCAGCUCGCGGAGGCGGCCCCGGAGACGGGGCUGAACCCGCCGUGGGCGACGUGCUACGUGGAGGCCCAGCUGACCACCGCGUCCGUCCUCGAGGAGUGGGUCAUGCGCGGCGAGCGCGACGUGGUCGCGUCGUUCAGCGCCUGGCGGCGUUCCUCCGAGGAGCCCACGAGCGUCAGGUGCGUGGACACCCCGGCGGAGGACGCCCUGCGAGCCGAGUGCCUGGAGUGCGCCGCGCACGACGAGGUCCGUCAAAAGGCCUGGGGGAUGCCGUUCGCAGUCAACGGGCGUGUUUCCGAGGAGGGCGUGCUGACGUUCUCGACGGGGACCUCGCAGUGCCUCGAGUCCGUGUCUCGCGGGCAAGGUUUCUGCAAGAGCGGCCAGGUCUUGCUGGGUUGA